GAUCCACUUGUUCUUUCUCCUGCCGUAAAACAAAGUGGAGUAAUAUAUAUAUAUAUAUAUAGGGGAGAGGGAGGGAGAGGGAGAGAGAGAGAGAGAGAGUAAAUUAAUGGAGAAGAUGGGUACGGCGGAACCCAACUUUGAACAGCUAUUCGAGGAGAAGAAGCGCGUCCGGAACCCCCUCGUUCCCGUCGGAGCACUUAUGACGGCAGGAGUUCUCACAGCUGGAUUAAUAAGUUUCAGACGAGGCAAUUCGCAGUUGGGGCAGGUGUUAAUGAGAGCUCGAGUGGUUGUCCAAGGGGCUACUGUGGCCCUUAUGGUUGGCACUGCCUUCUACUAUGGGGAUAACCCAUGGAAAAAACCAAGUUAGACCUUCUAUAGCAUGUAUGGUUUCUCGUUAGUGACAUAAGCUGUUCUUUUUCUACGCUGAUUUUAUUUAAUAAAAUCAUUCACAAUAUAUAUAUUCUCAUCGCUGGUGUCAGUCCUCCCAUAUGAUCCAGUUCCUAUUACUAUUAUUAUGUAAAACUGAUAUCAUUAGAGCAUUGAUGGAGUGAGAAUAUUUGUCUCAGAACUGAAAGAAUGGAUGAUAUUUACUUUGGACAAACAAUCUUAUUAAGAUUACAAAUAUAAUCCAUUUGUGUUUACAACCUGUUAUACUCUAA